CGAAAAUUGUGAAUCGGGCAACGCGCAAGUCGCAAGGGUCCUCCAAUCCCGCCGGAUCGGUCGGUGUCACAACGCGCGACACCUUUGCUGACGCUCUCGCUCCGCUAAGAUUCCUUUCCAUGGACCUGCACUCCGUUACAUAAACACUACGCAUUUUCAACAACCUGAUGAGCACCCAAAGUAUUUCCAUUGAGCACCGACGCAACUAAGUUCGAGACAGACGAGCACAUAGACACAUACCGCCUCGAAAAUGGAGCUGCACGAGGUGCAGUCACACCUGCACGAGUGGCUCCAGGAGGCCACUGUCGCGUUCCAGAAGGUGCCCGGCUCGGCCGUCCUCAUCCGCUACGUCCGCUCGAGCUACCAAAACGACCCGGUGCGCUCGGCCAUCGAGCUGGUGCUGUUCAUUUUCUUCAUUCGGUACUUGUUGGCGCCCAGCUACCAGACGUCGAAGCAGAACUAUGUCCAGCUGACGGAUGAGGAAAUUGACGAAUUAGUUGACGACUGGACGCCUGAGCCGCUGGUCGCAGCGCCAACCGCGCAGGAGGAGGCCGAGCUCGAGAAGGUGCCUGUGAUUGUCGGACCGACGGGACCGAAACCGAGACUUGCCAACGGAAAGACGGUCACCAAUCUCGCGUCAUACAACUUCUACAACUUCAACGCCAACGAGCAGAUCAAAGAGAAGGCCAUCCAGACCCUGCGCACCUAUGGCGUCGGCCCUUGCGGCCCGCCGCAGUUCUACGGCACCCAAGACGUGCACAUGAAGACCGAAGCCGAUAUCGCGUCGUUCCUGGGAACCGAGGCCUGCAUUAUCUACGCCCACGCCUUCUCGACGAUCACCAGUGUCAUUCCGUCGUUCUGCAAAAGAGGGGACAUCAUUGUGGCAGACAGGGGCGUCAGCUACUCGAUUCGGCGCGGUCUCGAAGUCUCGCGGAGUAUGGUCAAGUGGUACAACCAUAAUGAUUUUGAGGAUCUCGAGCGGGUCAUGCGCAAGGUGGUGCAGGAGCAGGCUGGCAAGAAGCUGACGAGGCGUUUCCUGGUUACCGAGGCACUGUUCGAGACCACAGGAGAGAUAAAUGAGUUGCCGAGGCUGGUCGAGAUCAAGGAGAAAUACAAGUUCCGCAUGAUCCUCGACGAGACGUGGUCCUUUGGCGUGCUCGGCCGCACCGGCCGUGGCCUGACAGAAGCGCAGAACGUGGACCCCACCCAGGUUGACCUGAUCGUCGGAUCGCUCGCCGGCCCGCUGUGUGCCAUGGGCGGCUUUUGCGCAGGCCCCAAGAUGUGGAUAGAGCACCAGCGCAUCAACUCGACUGCGUACACCUUCUCGGCCGCCCUCCCCGCCAUGGCGGCCGUGACGGCCAGCGAGAGCUUGAACCUUCUGCAGUCGAAUCCGGAGAUCCUGCAGCAGAGCCGCGAGAAUAUCCGGCUCAUGCGUGCCCAGCUCGAUCCCCGGAGCGACUGGGUCGUGUGCACCAGCGCGCCCGAGAACCCCGUCAUGAUCCUCGUGCUGAAGCCUGAGGUUGUCAAGGCCCGGAGGCUGACGAUUGAGGACCAGGAGCGGCUGUUGCAGGAGUGUGUUGAUGAGACGCUCGUAAACGGUGUCCUCAUCACCCGGCUCAAGGGCAUGCCCGUCUCGAGCCAUAACUCCCUCAAGGACGGCGCCUGCAUCGUGACUCCCGCGCUGAAAGUGUGUGUCACGUCGGCGCUGUCCAAGAAGGAUGUCGAGAAGGCGGGUGUCACCAUCAGGCAUGCCAUCACCAAGGUCUUGACCCGCAAGACGAAUAAUAAGCUGGGGCUGCCGGCUGCUUGAGCGGGGGCGGUGCAGGCUAGAGGGUUGGCUUUGAGCGAUGUGGUAAGGCAUGCCUGUUUCGCGGAUCGAUAGAAGGGCGUUGAAUAGACAGGGUGAGGGCACGGGGUGUUAUAGCUGAGAUCAACAAGUCAUGCUAAGGGAUGAUAUGGUUAGGGUAUGAUGUGUCUACGAUGCUUCUGCUGUGCUAUGUAUGAUGGCAGAGGCUGCAAGUAAUAAUCUAAUAAUGGGUGUCACAAGGCGUGUCGGGUCUUCGAUG